AUGCCGGACUGCAACGCGCACGGUCCCGUCCAAAACUGGGUUGCGCCGCCGGAGGAGCAGGUGCAGGAGUUUUUUGACAACUUGGCGGAGGUGUAUGUCCGCAACGAGCCGCUGCUCAUCCAGGACACCACUCAGGCAGAGUUGGACUACAUCACCGCAAGGGCGGCAGAGGCGGAGCUCGCUAGACAGGCCAGCAGCGCUGGCGGUGUGGAGGACGAGGUCACAGCAGCCGCGGAGGAGAAGGAGCUCGCCCAGUGGACGGACUUCGCCUCAUCCCCUUCUCGGUAUCCAGAUCCUCCUUCGGCGGAUCUGGAGGACAUAGAUACCAUCAUCGAGGAUGUUGCCAAGGACGCCGCGGCGGAGGCCGACAAGAUCGCCACCGAGGAGGCCACCAGGGGCGCUGCUGAGGAUGCCACCAAGGGGCCCGCCGAGGAGCCCGGCAAGGCUGCUGCCGAGGAGGCUGGCAAGGGGCCUGCCAGGGAGACCGGCGAGGCCGUUGCCGAGGAGGAGGAGGAGCGGCUUCUCCAGGCCAUGGGCGCCAGCUUUCGGAAGCUCCAGGUGCUCCAUCGCGCCCGCAUGGACAUGGCGGAGGCGGACCUCAAGGGACGCGUCGCCGAGAUGCAAACUUGGUUCCGCCAAGCUUGUGAGGAGCUGAAGGCCGCCCAGGACGAACUGGCCAAGCGCGAGGUGGAGCUCACCAUGAAGCAUGCCAACAUUGAGAAGGCCCAGGAGACGGUUAAGAACCUGGCCGCCGAAGCCGAGGCCGCUUGA